AUGUACUUCCUCCUGUGCCUGUCAGGUUUGUUGUUGAUCAUCGUGGUUCUGCUUGGCUGUGGGAAUGAUAUCUCCAAGCAGGUGGCCUCUGUCUCCCUGUCCAAGCGUUACGUCUACAUGUUGGGCUUCUGGACGGCCGUGGGCUACGUGCCCCUCUUUUGGGCCAUCCUCUUGACGCUUUUGAAGACCGGCGCUGCACCUUGGUCUCUUGGCCGAACGCCGUUCCAGCUGAAGUACAUGUGGCAGCCCAAUGGUCACCUCCCACCCGCGCUCUUGAUCGUCUUGGCAGCCUUCGGAGAUGCCCUGGGCGAUGUAAUUGGGGCGAUUUGUACCAGUCAUGUUUCUGGACCCUUGCACAGCCUGGUGUCCAACUGCUCAUCCAUCUUCGUGGCGCUGCUCUCCAUGUGCAUGCUCCAUCAGAGGUAUUCCUUCUUCCAAGUGACUUCGCUGCUGGGCGUCUUCUUCGCCGUGGUCAUCGGAAUUCUGCCCUCCUUCGAGUCAGACGCCACGGGGUCCAACCCCUUCUUCGCAGUGGUGCUAGGUGGGAGCUGCGUCUUCAAUGCCUUCGCGUUUGUGGUGAAGGAGUUGAUUUUUACGCGUUACAAGACUUGGAGAGCGAGCGAGAACCACCUGGAGGGCGGUGCGUCCCUGAACAUGUUUCUGAUCAAUUCGCAUGAAGCGAUCUUCCAGCUCCCAUUGACUCUCCUGUUGAUCCCACUGAAUGUCAUGCUGAAGCAGACAAGCGAGGGGAAUCUCUUCCACUAUUUGCAGGAGGCAAUGAGGUGUGUCUUCAGUGGAGAUGCUGCGAGUUGCGGUCCCGAUUCAAGCCAUGGAGAGCUGGCCGGAAGGUGUCUUCUGGUCUACGUGGUCUUCAACCUGCUGAUGAACAUGGGCAUCCUGUUGGCUGUGAAGCAUGCAGGUGCCUUAGCCACCUUCGUGGCACUCAAGGCCAUUUUUCCGGUCUCCACCGUGCUCUUCGAGUACGUGGAUUGGCCUUUAUUGCCUAGGAGAGGCUAUUCACAUCUCAUUUGGGUGUCUAUGGCCAUCCUGCUGCCGAGCAUCGCUUGUUACCAAUGGGCUUCGCAGUUGCAGGCUGCCAGAGCCCAAGUGCAUCCAUCGUUCGCGAGCUGUUGUUGGCCAUGGCGCAAGAAGGAUGCUGAUCUUGGCAGUGAAUUGAUGUUGAGUUGA